CGACUCACUUCUCAGAGAAUCAAAACGUGGAAAGGCCGAACACCGAAUAUUCCUCGGCAUCUCUCUCCCCAACUUCGAUAAAUAGGGGCGUCCCCACCCCCAGCCCUCGCCGUCCCUAUCCCUCAGCGCGCUCCCCAUCGGCGGAUAAUGUGUGAGCAACUCAAAGGACAGUACCAGUUGUGCCAAGAGAUCGGUCGCGGUCGGUUCGGCACCGUCUUCCGCUGCUUCCACCCCGCCUCUCGCGAAUUUUUCGCCUGCAAGGUCAUCGACAAGGGCCUUCUCACCGAUCCCAUCGAUCGCCAGUGCCUCCAGAAUGAACCCAAGUACAUGGCUCUCCUCUGCCCUCACCCUAAUAUUCUUCAGAUUUUCGACGUCUUCGAGGACGACGAUUUCCUCUCCGUCGUCCUCCAGCUCUGUGAGCCCCUCACUCUCCUCGACCGCAUCAUUGAUCGUCCUUUGGUGGAGACCGAGGCCGCUUCCGUAUUGAAGCAGCUUCUCGAAGCGAUCGCGCAUUGCCACCGGCUCGGCAUAGCCCACCGUGACAUCAAACCCGACAAUAUUUUGUUCGAUUCCCAGAACAAUCUCAAGGUCGCGGACUUUGGGUCGGCGGAGUGGUUCGGCGACGGGGGGACCAUGAGCGGGGUGGUGGGGACGCCGCAUUAUGUGGCGCCUGAGGUGCUGCUGGGAGGGCAGUACAACGAGAAAGUGGAUGUAUGGAGCAGCGGUGUGAUACUGUACAUAAUGUUGUCCGGGAUUCCGCCCUUUUACGGGGAAUCGGCCGAAGAGAUCUUUGAGGCUGUGUUGAGGGGUAAUCUGAGGUUUCCGUCCAGGGUUUUCAGGUCCGUGUCUUCCGCCGCCAAGGAUCUGAUGAGGAAGAUGAUGUGCAGGGAUGCAUCCAGGCGAUUAUCUGCGGAGCAAGCCCUGAGGCACCCGUGGAUCCUGAGAGGAGGAGAGGCCGCCGAUCUGGCUUGAGAAUUGGGGAACAGUUAAACAAAUUUUGCCUCGGUAUAGUCGUUCUCCGUCGCUCCCUCCGGCCAUGAAAAUUCCAACAAGAUCCGCAGCGCAGAAUCUCCGAAAACGACGGGCAGAGCCUUCAGCCUUGUAGAUUCCGAAGCAGCUAGUUUCUCUUUUUUCUUUUGUUUUUGUUUUUAUUUUAAAUGUGAAGUUUCUGGAGAUGUAGAGAAAAGGGGGGUUCCAGAGCAUCUGGGCCUGAGCUGUAGAUACACGUGGGUUGAGCAUCCUGCUUUCCGGGUGUAAAAUAGUGAGGAGGGUUUUGUAAAAUAGGGAGCAGGGGCAUAUCCUAUCCCACUCUGAAAGUAAUGGGAGCCGUCUGGAAUGUGAAUGCUUUUGAUCCUGUAA